UGACAUCCGGAAAUACAAGACAUGGUAUAGGCCCCCCAUUGCGCAAUGUUAGAUACAAUACAGGACACGCCCACUGCAAUUGAGGAAAAACAAGUUUGGCAGGAAAUAUCGUCAACUACACAGUGCAGUACUAGCUGCUUUUCUAAUCAUUUUACAUGUUUAGAGACGACGUGAAGCUAUGUGCAUUGUGUGUAUAUGUUUGUGCACGGACCUGAAGUCUGUACUUCGUAGGGACCAUGGUGUAAUUGGAUGCACUUUCUGUUUGAUAUUCGCAGGGAGAUCCUGAUGAUAUCUACCCGGGGAUAUCUAGUGUUCAAACAUAUUAAAACUUGACAAAAUCAUUGUGAAUCACUGUUUAAUCGACGGAGGUAGAAUAUGGCCCGUGAGAAGGGCACGCAUUGGAAACCCAAGGCGAUAUUUCUACUCCCGAACACCAUUAACAGUACUUCAUAUCCAAAUAAGGAAACUCAGAAUGACUUGGAACACAAAGGAUAUGGAAGUUGCAAUAUUAAAGAAGGCUUGGAUCGAUCUUGGACGAUAGAUCAACUCGCUGAGGAGCUGAUAGCCCAUUAUCCUCAACAUAAGGCUGAGCUAGCAAAGACUGGAAUCGAGUUCGCCAAGCUUCAGAGAUAUUCCAGGAAGAUCAUUGCCCAUGUCCUUGUGAAGAGAAGUACUGUCGCUGACCUUGAGAAACAACAUGGCCAAGGAAUCUUGGUUAUUCUUCAAAAGGAGAGUGUUGUGCCAUCACAAAAGGUGCCGGAAGAAAUGAAGGGUGCCGUAAAGGUCAAGGAGGAGGUGACGUCCCCGAAGAAGUCCUCCAACCAAAGACAGAAAAAAAUCGAACCAACAUCACGUGAGUUUGUUGACCAGGUCCAGCGCGAGCUGGAUAUCUUGUCACAGCUAGGAGGUAUAAAAAUAGCUCACCUAAACUGCCAGUCUCUUUGUAACAAGAAAGAUGAGCUGAAACUCCUUCUGCUUUGUCGGGCAACAGUUGAUGUGAUGACCCUUAGCGAAACCUGGCUAGGUGAAAACGACAAGAACAAUAGUUUCAACGUUCCUGGAUACACCAUUAUGUCAAGGAAGGACAGGGCAUAUGGUGGUGUUUUGAUAUAUGUGAAAGACAGUCUUUCAAGUUUGGUCAGAGAGUGUGACACCAAGAUGGAGGAGGGAUUAGAUGCAUGCUGCAUCGAUAUCCAGCUUGGCGGGAGUAAUGAUGUAAAGAAAGGAUCAGACGAAAUCAACAUGUGCUUGAAGAAGACUUUACUGAGAAUAAUAAGUGUCUACGUGCCACCAAGAACGAGGGAUCAGGUUUCCCUCCUUAAAAAGCUGCAAAGAAGUUUGAAUAAAUUGAAGGCAACAGAAAGUUGCAAGCCGACAUCUUCCGAAGGAACUGGUAACAAGAAGUACUCUUGUUGCUGUAAAACAAAUUAUGUGAUACUAGGUGAUUUCAACUGCGAUAGAAAAACUCUUUCGUCGUGCAAAGUCAUGAAAUCAGUGAAUAGGGAGAAACUCCAAGCACUUGAUGAACUUGAGAAAGACCAUCAUUUAUCACAGCUGAUCAAAGUUCAUACACGGGUUGGUUUCAGGAAGACGAAAUGUCUGACGACAAAAUCUUUGAUCGAUUUUGUCUUCACGGAUAAUCCAGAUGCUGUCUCAUCCUCAGGAGUGGCUCAUAUUGCUAUGAGUGAUCACUAUAUGGUGUACUGCGCCUAUGAACCUGAUAAGAAAUAUCUCCACAAGUCAACACCGUUGCUGACAAUUGAAGAGUUUUCUCAACUUUCCAAGAGUGAUAUCGACGAAGAAGUAUAUGGAAUGAUUCGUGACCGUGACCGUGCCAAGGAAAUGGAAGAUUGGAAUCGGUACGAUCUGUUAAAAAAAUACAUCAAAGUAGCAAAAAAUGAAAACAAAAAAGCACGGAAUAAACAAAAAAAGGCUUUGAAGUUGAAAUGACUCAUGUGUAACCAAAAACAUGAGGUGAAAUGACCGGUUGAUUAUAACGCUUCAAAAAUGAAACGAAAAAAAGUACCGGUAUUUAAUAUUGGCAAUUGUUAGCUGAUCAUAGAUUUGCGUUUAUCUAUUAUACAGUGCGUAUCAAAAAAGUUUACACUUUGAAAAAGCCCUGGGAAUUCAAAAAUAUACAACAUGUGGGUA